AUGAUUUUCAAGUUUCAGGCCUUCCUUUGCUUUGUGGGUCUCCUCAGCAUUUGCUCUUGUGUUCCUAUCUAUCAGCCACAAAUUGGAAUUAUUGCAAGCAACAGUAAUGAGAUUUUGCGUUUCAAUGGACUCAAUGGUCUCACUUUGGCAGGUAUUGGUUUGGGUCAAGGACAGGGUACAUCAUUUCUCCCUCCCUUCCUGUUCCAACAGCAGCCACCACAAGUGCUGAACUUUAACCCUUUAGUGCCUGGUCCCUUUUUACCUCCUCAAAUAAACCAGCUGAAUCCAGCUCAGCUGAUCCCAUUGCAGCAGGAUCAGCCGGUAUCUCGCCUCGGCCCAAAUGGCGCUAUACCAGCACAGAACCCCGCCCAGGGCUUUCCAUACUUCUUGACUAAUCUAUAUCCUUUGAGAAACACUCCAGUAUGGCAGCCACCCAUCCAGAACACUGGGCCAUAUAUUCAAGACCAGGGUACUAAACAACCAACACAACCAAUCCAGAAUAAAGAAAAAGCUGUUGACCCAAGUGUAACUGCUGCACCUGAUUACCGUGGUGAUCGACCUGGUCCUGGUCCUGUAGAGGUGCAUCCUGGCUUCUCAGUGUUUGGGCCAUAG